AUGGCGGAGGGGCCAGAAUUAAGUUUCUUCGACUUGCGAACGGUACACGAUCAUUUUGAUCAAGCACUCGUAGAAAAUGACGAUAUUGAUUUAAAAGCAUAUCUGGAGGCCUACAACGAAUUACAUAAAUUUUUUCAGCUGAUGGGCAGUGUCUUCAGUUUUGUCUCUUCUGAUCUGAAACAAAAGAUAGACGUCUUGAUUGAAUUGAAAAAUAAAGACGCUCAGAAUUAUACGACUGUCAAAUCCAUGAUUGAAUAUGAAAGAGAAAACAAACUUUUAGACAAAACCGAAUUUGUCAAUGGCGCACGUACUUUAUUAAGACUUCAUAGAGGCUUAGAUUUUAUUAGAGAAUUUUUACAACAACUGGGUGAUCUCGCAGACAUUGAGAAAACAACUUCCUGUUGUCAAGAUGCGUAUAACAAAACUUUGGCCAAGCAUCAUCCAUGGAUGAUCAGGAAAGCUGCAAUAGUUGCAAUGUACACUAUGCCUAGUAGAGAGGUUUUAUUCAAAAAGGUUUGUGGUGAAAAUGUUCAGCGGAAUAUAGAUGUUUUACCCAAAAUGUUGGAGGUGACUGCCGACGUGUUUAACCGCACUGACAUCAUUUAUGAAACUUACCAAUUGCAUGCUCUACCAUAAAUGAUCGUAGGAAGUAAAAAUGAUAGUUCAUCUACUUUUGGCUCAAAGCACUACACGCAAUCAUUCUACAUUUUCAAGACAUUGUGAUAUUACUGCAUUGCGAUAUUUAUGCAAUAUUUUAGACUUAAUAUUCUUAAUUAGUCUGUAAUAAGUAAGCAGGAGCUUAUUUUUUAG